GCCAUGGCCAAGUGGGGCCAGGGGGACCCGCGCUGGAUCGUGGAGGAGCGGGAGGACGGCACCAACGUGAACAACUGGCACUGAGCUUCAGGAAGGGAUGCCCUCAGGUCCCCAGGGCUGGGGCACCUCAAGACCAGCAAGAGCCUUCUGAGACAGGUCCUAAGUCAGAGCCAAGCCACCAACCUGUGGGGAUGGCAGCAUGACUUGGCUGGCACUUUCUGGGCGCCGCGAGUUUCCCAGGCCCAGCUCCAUGGAUAGGGCACUGACUUAGCCCAUUUCUUUCCUCCAAAAUGGGAAUAUUAUUUGAGAAGAUUGCAUGAGGACAGAGAGAGAUGCCACCAGCUGGUCCAAGGGGAAGCUCCGAGAGCUCUUGGUGGGCAUCACUGUGGAGAAUGAGGCUGGCCACUGUGAGGUCAGUGAACUGAAGCAGGUGGAAGGUGAGGCUUCCUGCAGCAGCCGCAAAGGAAAGCUGAUUUUCUUCUAUGAGUGGAACAUCAAGCUGGGCUGGAAAGGUACACUUACAGAGUCUGGUGUGAAACACAAAGGAUUGAUUGAGAUACCAAACCUUUCUGAAGAAAAUGAAGUAGAUGACACCGAGGUGAACGUGAGUAAAAAGAAAGGAGAUGGGGAUAUACUGAAGGAUCUUAUGAAAACUGCAGGCACCGCCAAGGUCAGGGAGGCCCUUGGAGAUUACCUGAAGGCACUUAAGACGGAAUUUACAACUGGAAUGAUUUUACCAACAAAAGCUUUGUCAACGCAGGAAUUAACUGUUAAAAGGAAACCAAGUGAAAAUACCUUGCAGGCUCAUGCCUCAUCUCCAGUGGCACUGGGCGUAAGGAUUCCCACUGUGGCUCUGCACAUGACGGAACUGUUUGAUACAACAGUAGAGCAGCUAUAUGGCAUUUUCACCGUGAAGGAUUUGGUGCAAAAAUUUUCCAAAGCUCCUGCUGUAUUAGAAGCUGAAAAAGGAGGAAAAUUCCAAAUGUUUGAUGGGAACAUCACUGGUGAAUACCUAGAAUUGUUAAAAAACAGCAAGAUUGUCAUGAAAUGGAGGUGUAGGAACUGGCCAGAAGAACACUAUGCAACAGUUGCACUGAAUUUUGUACCUACUCUAGGGCAAACGGAAUUACAAUUGGACUGUAAAGGAGUUCCUGUCUGUAAAGAAGAAAAUAUGAAAUUCUGUUGGCAGAAGCAGCAUUUUGAAGAAAUAAAAGGUUUACUCCGGCUGCCCACCCUCAAUGGUUGAAUAGGUUUUAUAAGGGCAUUUUUUUUGGUAGUAAAACGUAUCAUAUUUCACGUCCCUGUCUUUCCUUAAAAAAAAAAAAAAAAACAAGACCCCCCAAAUCUUAAUUUGAUAUUGGAUGAAAUCCAGGAACUUAUACAGAAUUAAAAAGCAUUGUUUGGCUAAUUUCAGUUGAAAAUAGUAAGCAACCUGAAAUUAGGUCUGUUUACCCCACCUUCCAUAGAUUUCCUCUGGAAAUAGACGGCAUAAAGAUAGUUGAAGCUUCCCAAGGUAAAGGUAGUCCUAACAAGCUUACUCUCAGAUGUAGUUUAAGUUAAAGAAGAUAAAAAAUAAACGGCAUGUUAUAAUAAUCCUUUGUUUUACUUUAGGGUUAAGGUGUGUAGCUCUUAGGUAGUUAAACAGUGGCAUGUUGCAUUUCAAAAGCCUGCUAACUUGAGGGAUAGUUGACUGUGUGCUGUUACACUCCUCUCUGUCCUUUUUGGUUAGCCCUGCAACAGUUAUGCACUCUGGGGUAGAGAGGACUAAGAAGUUGAUGGGCUGAAUUGCUUUUUGGGACUCCCAUGAAGACUUGUAAUGAAACAGAAUGGAGUGGAUAAUUGCUUCUCCCAUUCAUGGUUUCCUCAGUACUUGCAUCUGAGAAGACCGAAGCAACGUAUGUAAACAAAUAAAAAGUCAUCACAAUCAGUUUAAUUAAGUGCACAGAAUAGCAAUCAGUCAUGUCAAUAAAAAUAAAACAAUUAUUUUUA